CGUGCGCGCAUUGGUUCCUAUUAAUCCUGUUCUUUGUAAAGUUUGUACAACUCCACACACAUCAUGUUGCUGGUAGCGGUAUGUCUUGGGAUACUGGCUGUGGCCGCAGCAGAUAAAAAGCCCUGCUGUGCGCCUCCUCAGUGGGAAGGACUUCUGGCGGAGAAGAUGGGUACAGACCACCAGGGCAAGGCCUGGCUUUUACAGGAGGGUGCGUUGAUGUCUGUGUCAUGGCCAGACAAGAAGAUAAACUUCAUGGGUCAGGUAAACGCUACAGGGGGCACCAGUGUCAAGUUCAGAGUCAUUCAAGAUUACAAGGCGAAGCAACAGUAUGCUAUAGUCCACAAAAACUGCACUAAAACUGCCCUUGCGGAGGAAAUGAUCAACGGAGUCCCACCCAAUGCCACGUACGUUGGUACUUUCUACCUUGGCGCCGGCAAAGACAACGAGCUGAUGUUUGACACGUGGCUGAUCAAGUACAAAGGCAUGGACUUCCAGUCUGAACUGGCCACCACCGUGAAGGACUGCAUCCCCAUGAGCUGGUUUGCCUUCGGAACGGUCAACAAAGAUAAACUGAUCCAGUCUGCUGGCAUUGUGAACGUGACACUUGGAAUUAAGGACAACAGCGUUUUUACUGUGCCAGACAUCUGCAAGAAGGCGUCAAAUGAGUACCCACACCCAGUCCUGGCGGGUAUGGCUGACCAGUUCCGUCUGCGGCUGUAAGUCAACAUAAUGUGACGUACGCGUAUAAACCGUGAUUAACGACGUCACAUGUACACCAAAAAACAAUGAUGUCAAACGUACAGCAAAGUGACAUCACAUAUGAACGAAUAACAAUGACGUUGUCAAUGGACACGUUGCAGAGAAUUUUUGUUGGACAAAAGAUUCUGAAAGAACCUGUUUGUCUCUGUACUAUGCAACACAUUGGAUUUAUUCAAAGAAAGUGGUGAACAUGUGGCUGUAAAGGUUACAUAACACAUUUUCAAUAAAGAUUUCUU